CGAUUGCCAGCUUUUGUUAAACGAGGUCCAAAUUGUGUCGCAAUGAAAAUUUGUUUAUUUUCGAUUCUAAUCGCAGUGUUUGCAGUGCAAAAGUGCAAAGCAAACUGCGAAGAAUCGCGUGAACUGGAAUCUACUUGCGGCAAAUAUUGCUUCAAAGUCGUCAGGCCGUUCUUGCAGCACGCAAAGAUGUUUUACAGCCAAACUGAGGAAAAUGAAAAGUCGAAUACUCUCCAAAGCCUCAGCGAUAAUAUUAAUGAAUUAAGCAAAACUCUUAAAGCGGAAAUGUUGUCCAUUAAUCGAGAGAUUAGAUUGAUAAAACAAAAGUUAGAGCCCAGUGAAGAAAUCGAUAAAUAUGUAAAAGAAUUUAAUAGUCAAACAGGUGCGAAAGAUAACACGGAAUUUGAGAAAAUAGGUGAAAAAUAUUAUUACAUUGAAAAUAAACAAAAAUUGAGUUGGUUCUCAGCUUUGAUCGCGUGUCAAAAGAUGGGCGGACAUUUGGCAAGUCUAGAGAAUGACAGUGAAAGCAUUGAAAUCGGAUUUAGAUUAAGCGGUCUCCCUGGGACUCCAUACUGGGUGGAUGUCAACGACAUAGUAACAGAAGGCAAAUAUAUGUCUUCAACGACUAGUUUAGAGGUAAAAUAUUUGAAAUGGAAGGAUUCAGAACCAAGUGAUAAUAACGAUCAAGAUUGCGUUGGUUUUGAUUACUUCUACGAUAUGUCCAAUUACAAUUGUUGGGAAAAGUUCAAUUUUAUAUGCGAAAAGAGUUCAUAAAAGCAUUUGUUUCGUUUUUAACUUCAAAAAACUUGUGAGAUACACGAAAUAAUCGAAAUUUAGUAAUCGAAUAAAUAUGUAUAAAACAAAACAUUUUAAAUAAAAGCAAAAGAUUAAAAAAUAAAAAAAAUACUAUAUCACAAAAAUACUGAA